GGAAAGAUUGGAAACACGUAAUGAAAUAAAUUGUAACCUAAAUUUCACGUUCUUGGUUAUGUUUGUUAAAUUUCUAAUUUUUCCAAUUCAAUAAAAUUUUGAAGCAAUUUUUCCUCAAUUUAUACUUUUUAUCAAGUCAGAUAUAAUAAAUAGUAUGGUUUUUUGUGCUAAAUUCAGCUGAAACAAGAGAUAAUUUUCUAGUGUUUACAAGCAUAUGAACUGAUAGAUUGAACUAUGAUUAAAGCAAUUUUAGUGUUCAAUAAUCAUGGAAAACCAAGAUUAUCUAAAUUUUACAAGUAUUUUAACGAGGAUAUGCAACAGCAGAUAAUAAAGGAAACCUUCCAACUAGUGUCUAAAAGAGAUGACAAUGUCUGCAAUUUUCUAGAAGGUGGAAGUUUGAUCGGCGGCUCGGACUACAAACUAAUCUACCGACAUUACGCCACUCUAUACUUUGUGUUCUGUGUCGACUCAUCAGAAUCUGAAUUAGGCAUAUUAGAUCUUAUUCAGGUUUUCGUAGAAACUCUGGACAAGUGCUUCGAGAAUGUAUGCGAACUGGAUCUUAUUUUUCACGUUGAUAAAGUGCAUUAUAUUCUCAAUGAGCUAGUAAUGGGCGGAAUGGUUCUGGAGACGAAUAUGACUGAAAUACUCUCCCGAAUCGAAGAUCAAAAUAAGUUGGAAAAACAAGAGUCGGGCCUAGCGGCAGCCCGUGCCGUGUCGGCUGUGAAAAGCAUGAACCUACCGCAGCAGCUGAAGGACAUGAAACUGCCCGACCUGCCUCAGGCCAUCAAGGAGUUCAAAUUCUGACGCCAGACAUCCGAGACCCAAACCAUGCUAGCCAACCACCAGUGGGCACACUACACCUCGUGAUAGUUCCCACAAUCCACAAACACUCCUCAAAACAACCAAUGUAGUUAAGAAACAAUCAACUGAACAUGAUAGUUGACAGUUUGCACUCCAGGAUCGUUGACUGUAUUUUAUCCACAAUACUGAGUUGAGAAACCUGUUACGUAUGAAAUCAACUAGUUUAGAAACAAGCAACUUCAAUUGAACAAAGUCUAUAGAAAGAGUUCUAGACACCAAUGUAAGAGAGCGGUCAUAUUGAUGCUAUUUUGGCAGCACUUUUCAAAAUUUAAUUUCAACUCUUGAGUAAAAUAGAUAGCUUCAAUAUGGCCGUUUUGCAAUGCAUCAUUACAUGGUGUCUUGACCUCUUAUUAUAGACCUUGGAAUUGAACAAGAUAGUUCGCAGUUUGCACACCUUGAUUGCUGGCUGCAUUUUUCCCACAAUUGAGUUGAAAAACAGACCUUUUGUGUUUGAAAUCAACUAGUUUAGAUCAAUCAAAUUGAACAAGAUAGUUCACAGUUUGCACACCAGGAUCGCUGACUAUAUGUUUUCCAUAAUAUUCUCCAUGUUCACAACAUUUUUUUCAAACUUGCUAGCUCUGAUAUUAGGCCUACUGACUGUUCUUUUUUCGGGGACAUUCAAUUUGAUUACACAAGUAAUAUCGAUAGUAUCAAAUUUCAGUAUCGGUUCUUGAUGCAACCUUACUAGCCUAACUCUAUACUAUAAAUAAUUCAAUAUGCAUUCAAUCAUUAAGGUUUCACAAAUUUGAGAAAAUGACACAUGCUCAAACCCUUAAAAGUUCCAUUUCCACUUCAUACAAAAGUCCAAAUGUAACUAGGUAUCGAUAUAAGUGAUCUCUGGUGCACUCAAAGUGAAUUCUACCCCUUUUUUUACAAUUUUCUUCAGUUCAGAAACAAUCCUAUUGAGUUUAGAAAUCAUCAGCUUGAAUUAGAUGAUUCUAAUCACACUAAAAAGUGGUAUUAAAUAGACAUGAUAGUUGAUCAUUUGAACACCAGAGUCAUUUAAUCUUUCUUUGGUGACUAUAGAGACAAUGUGGACAACGAGCCGUCAACCACUAUAUUACUAAUAAAAAGCGACAUCAAUCUGUAUUAUUUUAUAUGAGCAUCGAAAUUUUGUUAAAUUUAUCUCAAGUAGAGAUAUUUUUUCAAGCCUUUAUUAAUACUCAUGUAUCAACAUAGAGAAAAAAUAGAGAACGUUUUCAUUUCACGUUGUUUGGGGUAUUUAGUGAUGGUAAUUUUUCCCCAAAAUGGCGGCUGACUGCUCGUGUCCACACUGUCAUUCAUUCACUCACUAUCAUUCAUAUUUCUUCAGUCACAUUUCUUCAGAAUCCUUGUGUUGAAAACCCGUCCUGUUUAGUUUGGAAACUGUCAUCUCCAUUUGAGAAGCGGUAGAUCUAUAUUACACGUAUUUUUUUGAUACUAUCUACUUACUAGUUGAUAGUUAUUUGUGAGAGAACUGACCGAUGUAAGAUGUCUCUGUUCUAUGGUUCCUAGUUAUCUUUCUAAAGAACGAUUAAAUUACUGUUAAACAAGGCUGUAUCACUGAUUCUCAAUUAAGGCCUUCCUUUGAUUUGGUUACGAAUUUCCACAAUUAAUAGAAAUAAAAUUAGUUACUGUUUUAAAAAAAUAUAUAAAUCUGAGUACCCUUUAAAUUAUUAAAAAUGGUAAUUAUUAAAGUAAAUUUUUAGUUACUGUUAUGUUUUCUUUGAUAACAAAGUAUCUUAUCACUCCCAUAUGUUUCCAACUGAAAAAUUAAUUAUAAUUUCUGUGAAUAUUCAAGGAAUUUUCUUAUUGUCUUAGUUCUAUUAAUUUUCUUACUAGAGCUGUCUAUUUCCAAUAGAGAUAAAUUAUUUUUGUAAACUUGUUUAAUCAUUUCUAUGUAGUUGUAUAUUCCGGGAAUCUAUUAUUGUCUUAAUCUAUGCCUUUUCUUACUAAACUACCAGUAUAUUUUCAACAUCAAGAUAGAUUAUUUUUAUUAACUUGUACUAUCGAAGAAUUUUGUACAGCUUAUUGUUGUCUAUUCUAUUAAUUAUCUUACUCGACUGUCUAUUUCUAACUGGAACUUGAAUCAUUUCCAUGUAUUUGUAUAUUCAAGAAAUGUUGUAAUGCUUAUUAUUGUCUAUUCUAAUCAUUUUCUUGUAGAAGGAUAUGUUCUUUCAACAUUCCAUUAUCUCAAUAUUAAACAUUUAUUACUUGCUGUAAUUCAAUGCUUGCUUAUUCUUUAUAGAAUAUAAAUUAUACAUUUAUUUAUAUAAAUGAAUGGAAUAAAAAAAUAAUCAUAUUACUCUCUGAUUCACAAUCCAUGUCUAGUGCAAUACUAUUAGUUUUUAAUUCAAUCAGGCUCUCUUGUUUCAGUUCAUAAAUUAAUUAUAUAAUCGUAAAAUACUAUUUUCUAUUAUUCAUCAGAUUUCAUUGUUUGUCAAUUACAAAUUAAAUUUCAACUAUUUCAAAAAAUUGCAUUUAUAAAAUGAUUCUUCAAAAAGUCUCAGCAAAGCAUACAUUGGUUGCUUUUUACCAUUCAUUUAUGGGAAUCGUUCUGAUUAGUUCACCAAAGCGUGCUUGGCGAAAAUGUUCUCAAGAUAUUUUAUC